CAGAGGGCGGCUCUCAGCUGGGUAGCUCCUGGCCCGGUUGACUUCCGGCGAACCCCUGCCGGCGGGAAGCAGAGCGAGCCGCCCGCCGCUGACUGCCCGGGGCCGGCACGGCGCUGCGCUGCGUCCUAUGCGGGGCUGGCGAGGCCCCGGCUCCUCCACUGCCCGUCCCUGCCCUCGGACUGGAGUAGAAGACUACAUGUUCACUUUCAGUGAAGAGGAGCAUGUUCCCAAAUUCCUCCAACUUGGGUCGCCCACCCUUUCUUCCAAAACAUCAGCAGCACAAUAAUUUCUUCAAUGAGCUUCCUCUGAACAUACCGCCCACUCUUCUCUCUCAUCAGCAAAUUGUUGAUGCUCGGUUCAACUUUCAGAAUGCAGCUCUUUCUAGAGCUCUCUUGAGUGGGAACUUUUCAGAUCCAGCUGUUUCGCCACAACCUUUGACGUAUGGAAAUGGCAGCUCAGGACCUACAUCAGGCCCCACAUUAUUCCGAGGCAGGAAGAGGAUAAGUGAACAAAAUGUUCCUUAUAAUGUCAAACGUCAGCGGUUUCAUUCACCUCAUUGUGAGUCAACUCUAGUUAACCAAACAGUGCCUUUACCAGAAGAACGCAGAUACUCAUUCCCAGGAUCAAUUCCUUCACCAUUGUUUCAUGCACAUUACAUACCAGAUUUGACUGGAUGUGUUCCACCUUUGCGAGAUGCUCCAUUUCCAGACCCUAUAGAAACCACACUCCCUGUGGCCAAAGAUAAGUUAAGUCAACAGGUUCUGGAGUUGUUUCAAGCAUGUCAGCAACAAACCUGCGACUUGAACAAAAAAGAGCUCUGCCGAACGGAACUCCAGAAGGAAAUUCAGCGAAUUUUUCCACAGAGCAGACUCUUCUUGGUUGGAUCCUCACUGAAUGGAUUUGGUACCCGUAGCAGUGAUGGUGACCUGUGCCUGGUGGUUAAAGAGGAGCCAGUAAAUCAGAAGACUGAAGCAAGGCAUAUACUCAGCUUAGUCCAAAAACUCUUCUGUACUAAACUUUCAAACUACAUUGAGAGACCUCAGCUGAUUCGAGCAAAAGUGCCAAUAGUGAAGUUCAGGGAUAAAGUCAGCUGUGUGGAGUUUGACUUGAAUGUAAACAAUGUUGUAGGAAUAAGAAAUACAUUCCUUCUCAGAACCUAUGCAUACAUUGAGAAUCGAGUUCGUCCAUUAGUACUGGUGGUUAAGAAGUGGGCGAGUUUUCAUGACAUAAAUGAUGCCAGUCGUGGUACUUUAAGCAGCUAUAGUCUUGUGUUGAUGGUUUUGCACUAUUUACAAACCCUACCUGAACCCAUCCUUCCAUCCCUCCAAAAAAAUUACCCAGAAUCUUUUAAUCCUACUAUGCAGCUGCACCUUGUACAUCAAGCUCCACGCAGCGUUCCUCCUUACCUCUCCAAAAAUGGAUCGACUCUUGGAGACUUAUUAGUGGGCUUCUUCAAAUACUAUGCCACAGAAUUUGACUGGAGCCGCCAAAUGAUUUCAAUUCGUGAAGCCAGAGCCGUUCCAAGACCUGAUGGUAUUGAAUGGAGAAACAAAUUCAUUUGUGUAGAAGAGCCCUUUGAUGGAACAAACACAGCUAGGGCUGUACAUGAAAAGCAGAAGUUUGACAUUAUCAAGGAUGAAUUUCUAAAGUCAUGGCAGAGAUUACGAGACAAGAGAGACUUGAACUGUAUACUACCUGUAAGAGCAACUGUACAGAAAAGAUAAUUGGCUUCUUUCUUCUUCUUCUUCUUACCGGAGUCUGCUGAAAUAUAAAGAACAAUAUCAAAACCACGAUGCAGUUUUCCCCAUAGUUUUUUAUGAAGCGUUUUCUCUUUCAAGUUUUUGUUAAGGAAAUGUUUAUAAGAAAGAUUGCAUAUUUUAUUAUGACAUUUGUUAAUAUAACUAUUCAUUCAAAAAUGGGUUUUCUAAAAAUCCUUGCACCAUUGACUUGUAUAGGAGACUAUUAUGACCCAAAUUUCAGACCACAGGACUUAAUUAAUUUUAGGGAAAGUAUCAGAGUAUAUUAAAUUGUUGUUACGUUUAACUGUGUAAUGGUUAAUUCAACCACAUUUAACACUGAAGUAAAGAAAUGAAGAGCUAAGCAAUGUAUAAAAGUACAGCUGUAUCCUUAAAGCAUAGCACACAUUGCACGUUUCUUGAUAAAUAAGUAGGCUGUGCUUUACAACUGCUUCAAGCAGUAUGCACUUUUGCUCUACUUGGCACUUUCCAGUUUUAUUUCCCUCUUACAUGGAACAACAGUAACAAUUUAUUAAAAUGAAAUUAUCCCCUAGUUGUUGUUUAUGCUCCAGGUCACAGGAAUUAUAAUCUAAACUGGAAUUUUUGAGCAGCAGAGCUACUACAAAACAGUUGAAAUAAUCCAUGAUAAACCAAUGUAUGUAAAUGCUUAAUGUUUAUACAGAUUAGGUCAGAUAUCUAUAUUUUAAUGUUUCCUUUUCAUAUGCAAAGUAGUAGUGAUGGCUGCUUAAAGAAAAGCUGCUAAUAAGGCAAGUUUUUGUUUUGAUUUUGUGUAAAUAUUUGUAAAUUGGUCAGCUGCUGUAAAUUGAAAUUUAAAAAGUAAUCUUGAAAAUUUUAACUUUUCCAAAAAAACACAGUGAAACUUCUUUUAGACCUGCUGUAGCACAGUUUGUGCCUCUCAUGUACUUGUUAUUGCAGACCAAUUCAUAUGUUACAAUUGUUACUUCUCGAUGAUGUCAAAUUAAUAUUUUCUUUUUUUCUCUUAAGUUUAAUAUUUUGUAUGGUGUCCAGUGGAAUAAAGUUUAUGUAUGGAAAAUA